GGUGUGUGUCACCCUACUCCUUUGGGCACUGGUCAUUAUUCUAGGACUGCCUCUCACCCGUGGGAGACAGAGAGUGAAGCUGGGGCCUGUUCCCUGGAGCCUUUCCCGUGCUUUGUGGACAGAGCAAACCCUAUGUUGUUGGCCCCCCAGACCUCAGAAGAUGGAAGAUGGGGCUCAGGUGAACCCCAAAGAGUUCAGGAAGAAGGGGCUGGUUAGACCCCUGUCCUGGAAGAUGCCAGUGGAGCAGACUGGGAUACUCUUCCCCCAGGCCACCUCUUUCUGGAAGGCCACCAGGUUCAUCCCAGGCAUCAGAAAGUUGUUCACAAUCACUAUUCUAGCAGGCAGCGUCCUGCAGAUGGUCCAUGGAGGCCUACUGAACUUGAAGUCGAUGGUGGAAACCAUCACAGGGAGAAGUGCCAUCAUCUCCUUUGUGGGCUAUGGCUGCUACUGUGGGCUAGGUGGCCGGGGUCUGCCCAUGGACGAAGUGGACUGGUGCUGCCAUGCCCAUGACUGCUGCUACCAGAAGCUGUUUGACCAGGGGUGCCACCCCUUUCUUGAUCGAUACGAAUUCUCCAUUGACAACGAAACUCAGACCAUCACCUGCAGUGAGAAGAAUGAGACAGAGUGUGACAAGCAGACGUGUGAAUGUGACAAGAAUGUUGUCUUGUGUCUCAACAACCAGACCUACCACGAGGAGUACCGCAGUUACCUUAAUAUUUACUGCAAGGGAAACACUCCAUCCUGCAGCAUCUAUGACCCUCUGCCGGUGGAGAUUGAGUGUAGACACAUCCCUAAGAUGCCACCUCCACCUACCUAAGCUAUGCUCCCUCCCCAAAGCCCCAGGGAGAAAGCUAGGCCUGGGGAGGGCCUGAUCCUCAAUCUUGGGGCCUUCCUGGCACACUGGUCCUGGGUGUGUGAGUAGAGGCAGAGCGUGUCAGGGUAAAGUGAGCCCAGCAAGAGAGGUCUGAGAAGAAACUUAGGCACAGGGCCAUCCCAGGGCGCCGUUGUGCCAGGCCCCUGGGAGGGCUCUCCAUGACACAGACCCUUGGGGCUCAAAGGCCACAGGACAAGUUCAAAGACAAAUGGAACAGGUCUGACUCCUUCCUGAGCCUGUAAAUCUUAUAUAGGUUCCCUUGAUUGGGUAGGAACUCAGCUGCCAUUUUUCUAGCCAUCUCUUGGUCCCCACUCAUGGUCCCUUGACAUCCUCUGUCCUUGGGCCUCUGGAUCCUUGGCUGCUUCCAGGGGCUCUCAAGGACAGUACCUACUGGUACUGAUCCUGCCUUAGCUGCUCUGGAUAUCAGUCACCAUCCCACUGAUCUCUGGCCCUAGCUCACACAGUCUAGGCACAUGUACCAUCAGGCUUCUUAGCACCUAUGCUUUCUCGUGGUCUUGUCCAAACACUCCUUUGGUCUUCCCCUUUCCUCUGAACCCUGUUCCUCAGUGCCCUUGCCCCAGCCCAUGCUCACCCACACCCUGAUGUACCCAUCAAUCUACACAUGGACCCAUCUAACCAGUGACAUUCUCACCCAUACAUUGAUCUUCUCUCUUCCCUUCUUAUUCUGCUAACACAAUGACACAUUGGAAAGCAGUGGGUUUGUAGUGAGAGAACAUGAGUUUAAAUCUCACCCCUGCUGCUUACUACUGUGUGCCCUUGGAGAAAUCCAUGAACUUCUCUGGGCCACAGUUUUCUCAUCUGUAAAAUGGGAAAGGUGGACUUGAUGACUUCCACGGUCCCUUUGAUCUCUAAAUCUAUGAUCCUGUGAUCAAUUCCUCAUCUGUGGAAGGAAGGGGUUGGACAAGAUGGUUCCUAAGGUCUCUUCCAGUGAGAGGUCUUUUAAUUCUUAGAUAUGUCCAACAUGGGCUCAUCAUAUCACCUGCUUGGUAACACUCUGCCCCACAUGCAGACACACUCAAUGCUUCCCACAUGCACAGACACUGCUUACCAAUAAGUCUUUUAAUCAGUAAACACUAAAAAGUGCCUCCUCCACACCCAAUACAGCAGUAGGCACUCAUUCUCACUGACACGCACACCCAUUUAUACAUUGGUUCCUGACCACAUACUAUGCUGGCACUCACCCAAUAUAGGCACAGGUAUUCACUUAGACACAUAUAUUACCAUACAGACUCUCUCCCAGGUGCGUACAUGUUGCUGCUUUCCCUAAUAGCCAGGCACAUUCACUAGGACCCACUCUCAGUGCCUUGAAACUCCAGAUAUGCAUCCCAACUCACUCAUAUUGACAUCCCUCUUGGGGCCCCUGGCACUUUGGCCCCAAGCGUAAACACAUGGACACAUGUGCCUCUGCACUCCUUGGGAGACACAUGGUCAACCAGCACUUGGUGUUUUCUCCUGACCCUAUUGUCAUAGCCCCACGCUGCUCCUGACCCCAACAAUGAGGUAGAGAACUUUAGGCUACUGUGGUUGGAAUGGACAGCAGUCCAGGAUUUGGAAAGAGAAAUUGUCAAGGUAACCCUGAGGUCUUCACUGACAUCCCUCUUGGACCUCCCCUGGGAGGUCCCCACUAAGCAACCUGGAAGAAGCCAUGGAAACUGAGACCUCCUGAGUAUGAGACUGGGUGCCCUGUCUGUGGCUCACAUAUGCUUCAUGGGGAAAGGAGGAGGGAGGAAGAAGGAGGAAAGAGGGUUAGGGGGAAAUGAGGGAC